GUGAUUUUACUAGAAAUGAGAACUCUUUUUUUUUUUUUUUUCUCAUGAAAAAAAAUAAACAGCCAAUUCUUCCCGCAAUAUAAACUGGCUAAACAGCCAUUCUUAAAGCUUUUCAGUACGCGUACAUUCCGUCAUUCCCCGGCCGCCGGAAAUCUUUCUAACCCACUUUCCCGCCAAAAUAAUUCAGGACGCAUGAGCCUGCGAGCCGCCUCUAACGUGAUCGUCGCCGUGAAGGCGGAGAAGGUGAUCUCGAAGGCUGCCUUGGCUUGGGCUCUGUCCCACGUCGUUCACCCCGGCGAUUCCGUUACGCUCCUCGCCGUCAUUUCCGGCCACAAAACCGAUGGUAGGAUGAGAUCACUGUGGAACUUCCCCAGACUGACCGGAGAUUGUAGGACCGGUGACUGGGAAAAGUUACCGGAGCGGAUAUCUCAUCAGAUCUCUCAGUCAUGUUCACAGAUGAAACUGAAACUUCACGAUCAAAUCGAGAUUAAGGUGGUAUCAGGUACACCAACUGGAGGUGUUGCUGCAGAGGCAAAGUAUCAUGCAGCCAGCUGGGUCAUACUGGACAAAAAUUUGAAGCAGGAGCAAAAGCAUUGCCUGGAAGAACUUCACUGCAGCAUUGUGGUAAUGAAACGCUCCCAGCCAAAAAUCCUUAGGCUAAAUCUAGGACCCUCAGAUGAACUCCAAACCCCCUUCUUUUCUGCUGCUUCUUCGCCUGGUUCUGAUUUUAGAGAGAUACACAGACACAAGAUGAGGCAUUCCACUCCUGUGAGCAGCCCUGAAGAACCAAGUAUUUCCUACGCAAGAACAACACAAGAAUAUUCGUUAUCCAGUCCAGACACAAAGGAAUCUCCUUUUAUUGUCUAUGAACGAAAUCCACUUUUUGAAGGACCAAAGAUGGGUAUGAAGAGUCCAAGUAAUAUACGUAACGGCUUCAAUGACCAGCUAAAAGGACUAAAUGCGGACGGGGAAAUGGUAGUUACUCUCUCAACAAGACCAAAAUCAUCUACAGAUAAAAGUGAUACCAGUGUGUUCUGGAUUCCCCAAAAUCACUCUGUUACUGAGAAAGCCCCACCUAGCAGAAACUACAGAAAUACCCUCAAGACCAAAUCUCCCACUCCCAGAACUGAAUUUGAUACCAUUGUGCAGUUUAAUAAGAAAGCGUACAAUUUUGACUCAACCAUCAGACAGGCAGUCUCUUUAGGCAGAACUUCCUCUAUAGCUCCUCAUUUAUGUUCAUUUUGUCAACACAAGGCACCUGUUUUUGGAAAACCGCCACAACGAUUUGAUUAUAAACUCCUCAAGGAAGCUACUGAUGGGUUCUCAGAUUUAAAUUUCUUGGCAGAAGGUGGGUUUGGAACAGUUCAUAGAGGGGUCUUGAGGGAUGGUCAGGUGGUUGCAGUGAAGCAGUUGAAGUCGACUGGUUCAAAGGGAGAUACUGAUUUCUGCAGGGAAGUGAGGGUUCUGAGCUGUGCACAACAUAGGAAUGUUGUGUUACUUAUUGGGUUUUGUGUCGAGGGAAAAAUCAGACUUUUAGUUUACGAGUACGUAUGCAAUGGCUCCUUGGACUUCCAUUUACACGGGAACAAGGGAACAACUAUAGAUUGGCACUCACGCCAAAAGAUAGCUGUUGGAACGGCAAGAGGGUUAAGAUACCUUCAUGAAGAUUGUAGAGUGGGCCGUGUCGUUCAUAGAAAUAUGCAGCCUAGAAACAUCCUCCUAACUCAUGAUUAUGAGCCUCUGAUUGCUGAUUUUUGGCUUGCAAGAUUGCCCACAGAAUGCGAUAUAUCCGAUGAGCAAGUUGUUGGAACUUCAAGGUAUCUUGCACCGGAGUACUUUAGUGAUGGAAAGAUUACAGAAAAAGUUGAUGUAUAUGCAUUUGGACUGGUAUUAUUAGAGCUGAUUACAGGUCAAAGAACCAUAGACUUCCAAUGUUAUGAGGGACAGCAAAUGGUUCAUGGAAAUUUUCACUCCUUGACUGCACAACCUGGCCAUAUGUUUGUAAAAAAAUACCAACUCAAUGACUUGCCAACGGAGGUUCAGGCGAUGAGUCAUGCUGCCUUCUUGUGUCUAAACCCUGAUCCUGAAUCACGACCCCCUGUGUCAAAGGUCCUAAGAAUACUAGAAGCAGGAGAUGGAGUCGUACCUCUGGGCUUGGACUUGAACUCUGUGGGUAGUAGAAGUGGAUAUAUGCAGGGCCUAAAUUCAAACAUACGACUUGAAUCAACAAACAGGCAUUCUCGCAGUCUUUCUCAUUCUUAAUAAUACUCAAUUGGCUUGGAACUUUAUCUGGUGAGUUGCCUGGAUCUAUUUGUACUUGUUAUUUUUUGCUGCUCUUUCUCAUCACUUAACUGUUUCUUUUUUCCAAGUUUAUACCAUCGUGGUUAUUGUCCACAGUCAGUCAUUCUUUGGGAACUCAAGUUUGCUGCCUUCAAUACAAUUCAAAUGUUGUUUCA